UAAUCAUCAACCUUAACUUAAGGAAUUGAAAAAAAACACCAAACAAUAUAUAUAAACAACAAUGGCGGCUGCCCAGAAGUUGUUGGUUGCAGUGUCGUUUCUGGUGUGCAUCUUUGUCUCCGCCGAGGAAGAGCCUGACCUUGAUAAGAUUUACCGGGCAUGCUUCGAUCCUUGCAUUUCCGGUUGCGUAGACGGAGGAGAAGACAUCUUCUUCUGCGAUAAAAGUUGUGACGCCAAAUGUAAAACCAAGGCGUAUGAUGAAGUAGAAGGUGCGGCGAGGAAAAAAGGAGGAGGUUGGGGAGGUUGGGGAGGAGGUUGGUUCCCUUUUAAGGUUCCAAGUCAGGCCGAGGACGAUCAAUUUAAGAAUUUAAAGGAGAAGCUAUUUAAGGACUUCAUGGACAAGCAUUGUAAGGCCGUGAUGGAUAAGCAAUGUAAGGACGAGGACCAGAAAUGUAAGGACGAACAGAAGCUCUGUAAAAACGACGAGCAGAAGUUCGUUAAGGACGAGGCCUAAGGACGAGGACAAACAACUUAUGGACGGGGUAAAAACUUAGAAGAAUAAUAAAGUAAUAAGGACGGAGUAAAAAUCUAGAAGAAUAAUAAAUCAAUAUAUUAUAUUUAAUGUAAAAUCUGUAUUUGAAGUGUUAAGAUCAUAUUUUGAGAUAGUGAUGAUUUUUCUGUCACCCGUAUCAUGUAAAGACUAUAUAUCAUUUUUUAAUAGUUGAAAGUGAAGCUCA